AGCUCUUCGUCACAAAAACCAGAUAGUGUACUUGAUGAAUCAGUACCAAUACCACAACCACAUCCAUGGCGGUUAGGCGCUCAGUUUUUACCUGCCGAUCGAAAAUCUCUCUCCGCAACCCUAUCUUUCAAUGUGUUCGCAAGGCUUGGCCAUACUCAGUCGCGGCCAUUGAAGCUUUUGAGGAGGCAGAAGAUCUUUCCGGGGACAAUAAUUUUCGUAAUCUGGUUCACGAAAGAGGAGAGAAUAAUUCGCAUAAGUUGGUUCAUGAAGUAGGAGAUGGUCAAGUACGCGAGUGGAAGAAGUUGAAUUCCAAGGAGCUUGGAAUUAGCACUUCUAAUAUCACCAAGCCUACAAGGAAGGUUCUUAAUAGUCUCAAGCAAAAAGGUUAUGAGGUUUACCUCGUAGGAGGUUGUGUCCGGGAUCUUCUCUUAAAACGCACACCAAAGGACUUUGACAUAAUAACUUCAGCUCAACUGAAGGAGGUAAAAAAAGCGUUUUCGUGGUGUGAAAUAGUUGGAAAGAGAUUUCCUAUAUGUCAUGUCCACGUUGAAGAUAGCAUUGUGGAGGUUUCAAGCUUUAGCACCCGCCAGAACAUGGUUGGUGGGGAUGUGCAUCAUGAUUUCGUAAAACCUACUGUUUAUGACGAGAAGGAUUAUGGACGUUGGAGGGAUUGUCUGCGACGGGACUUUACAAUUAACAGUUUAAUUUUUGAUCCUUAUACGAGUACAGUGUAUGACUACUUGGGAGGAAUUGAAGAUCUAAAAAAGGCUAAAGUGCGAACAGUGAUUCCUGCAAGCAUUUCGUUUCAGGAGGACUGUGCUCGCAUUCUUCGUGCAAUAAGGAUUGCAGCUCGUUUGGGAUUUCGUCUUUCUAGGGAAACAGCUCAUUCUGUAAAAGUUUUAUCUGGCUCAGUGGCAAAACUCGACAAGGGAAGGCUUCUGAUGGAAGCUAACUACUUGCUAGCAUAUGGCUCCGCUGAAGCUUCUUUGAGGUUAUUAUGGAAAUUUGGACUCCUAGAAAUACUUCUACCAGUCCAGGCAGCAUAUUUUAUUCGCUGUGGUUUCCGGAGACGUGACGAAAGAUCUAACAUGCUUUUGUCUCUGUUUUCUAACAUGGAUAAACUUUUGGCACCUGACAAGCCAUGCCAUAGCAGCUUAUGGGUUGCAAUCUUGGCAUUCCACAAAGCAUUGUUUGACCAGCCCCAGGAUCCCUUGGUAGUUGCAGCCUUCAGCCUUGCACUUCACAAUGGCGGUGACGUUGCAGAAGCAGUACAAAUAGCCAGAAGGAUCACAUCGCCUCACGAUGCUAGCUUUCAUGAAUUGCUAGAACCUGAGAGUUUGGAAUCUCAAGAACUAAUAGACGAGGUCAUGGAUCUUGCAGACUGCGUUAAGUGCGCACUCUAUCGCAUGACCGAUGAGCAAGUUGUUUCUCAGGCAAUGGCAGAGUAUCCCAAAGCACCCUUUUCUGAUUUGGUAUUGAUUCCACUUGGAUUAUAUUUGAGAGUUUGCAGAGUCUUCGAGUGUGUUAGAGAUUGUGGAGCACAGGGAUUUGCGUCAAAGCAAGGUAGCAAGAUUGAUUACAAGUCGUUAGCCAUGGGAUCCCUGCAAGAAGUUCGGCACGUUUUUGCGAGGAUUGUGUUCGAUACUGUGUACCCUCUUAAAUUAACUAAUGAUCAUACUGAGUAGUUGUUCUGAAGG